AUGAGGCUUACAAAAAUUACUUUGGGCACCCGCUGGAAAUUAAGAAUAAGCCUUGGAUUUCGCAAAAGGUAUGCAAAAGGUGCGUUGAGUUCCUACGUUUAUAGACAAAUGAGAAAAGACAUGUACAAAACCGUUAUGAUUUGGAAUGAACCCAUGAACCGUCAUGACGAUUGUUAUUUUUAUUUGGUGAAAAUAACUGGUAUUAACCGAAAAAAUCGAGCCAAAUGGGAAUAUCCUUCCAUACAAUCGACACAUAGACGUGUCCUGAGCCCUAAGUCUACACCUACUUUACAAGAAGAGCCAGAAGAUUUUGAGACGAAAAACGACAGUAGUGAUAGUGACUUUGAAUGCGACCUGAGAACGCCAAAACCAUUCAAUCAAGAUGAUUUAAACGCCUUAAUUAGAGGUCUGAGACCGCCAAAGUCAGCUUCAGAAAUUUUGGCUUCAAGGCUAAAAGAUGGUAACGAAAGAAACCAAAAUUUCUUAUUACCUUACAAGAGAACAGAAUAUUCUCAAAUAUUUUGCCGAAGAAGACAAUUUCGUAUUUUGUAA